GCCUAGUGCUUCAGUUUGGUGCUUAGACGCGGUGCGCGUGCUUCGAAACGCUGUGCAGCAGUUUCUGUUCGUUUCGUUGUUAUAUUCGUGCAAUUUUCGAUAAGUGGUCGUCAAACGUAACUAAAGAUUUAACUAAACGCCGAUUGCUCAAAUAGGUCAAAUAUAGUCAAAGCCCUUCGUGGCACCAAGUAAUAGCACAACGCACAAAACGUCCGAAAAAAAAAACCCGACAAAAAACAUAAAAAUAUAUUGCACAUUUGAAAUUGGUAUCCUGGCAUAGAAACUAGUCCAUCCAGCCGAAUAUCGUAUAUUGUAUAUUCGUAUUGUAUUGUGCUGCAGCAGCUAGUGUUGCCCGCCAGUGCGCUGUGUUCAAACUAAUUACAAAAAUUGUAAUAAAAAAUUACAAAAAAAAUAAUGUGGACCAUGUCGCAAAAGGGAUUAAAACACUUAAUCGGUCUUUUGGCCGUUAUUGCAAUACUUUCGGAUUUACCAGUGGCGCAGGCGGUUCGCGUUGGCAGCCCUCAACAGAAGCUGCGCAUUAAGGACAAACAGCCGGAUCAGACAUCAGCGGGAUCGUACUGGCAACAGCACGUGGCCACACCCAGCAGCUCGACGCCCUUCGAUUCGCCCUUCUAUUCGGCGACGCAUGGCCUCGUUCAGACGCACCCCUCUCUGACCGCAGGCGGGCCCCGCCCCGUCCCCCUCAGCAGCAACAGCUUGGGCAGCGGAUCGCCUCCAGCCUCUCCGGGUGUCGCCGCCAAUGGCAAACCUUCGCUCACCGCCGGCAGUGGCUACCUGAACUCACGCGGCACUCUGCCCACUUCCGCCAGGUAUCCGGCGAACAAGAUCAGCGGCACCGUCGUGGAGCCCAAUCCCAAGUCGCCAUUCCGUCAUCUCGACUUCUCGACCAGCGCCACCGCCGAGCUGCGACGCAAUCCCGCUCUCUCCGCCCCCGAUGAGUGUGCUCGUGCCUGCCGCGAGGGUGAACCGCCCAGGAUCUGCUACUAUCACUUCACCCUGGAGUACUACACUGUGCUGGGAGCUGCCUGCCAGGUGUGCACGCCCAAUGCAACGAACACCGUUUGGAGUCACUGCCAGUGCGUGUUGGCCGAUGGUGUUGAACGUGGUAUUCUUACAGCCAACCGCAUGAUACCCGGUCCAAGUAUUCAGGUGUGCGAGAAUGACAAAGUGGUGAUUGAUGUGGAGAAUCAUAUGGAGGGCAUGGAGGUGACCAUCCAUUGGCACGGCAUCUGGCAACGUGGCUCGCAGUACUACGACGGUGUCCCCUUCGUCACCCAGUGUCCCAUCCAGCAGGGCAACACCUUCCGCUACCAGUGGACGGGCAAUGCCGGCACCCACUUCUGGCAUGCUCACACCGGUCUGCAGAAGCUCGACGGUCUCUAUGGAAGUGUUGUGGUGCGUCAGCCGCCCUCUCGGGAUCCCAACUCGCAUCUGUAUGACUUCGAUUUGACCACGCACAUUAUGCUGAUCAGUGAUUGGUUGCACGAGGAUGCCGCUGAACGUUAUCCGGGUCGUCUGGCUGUCAACACCGGUCAGGAUCCCGAGUCCAUGUUGAUCAACGGCAAGGGACAGUUCCGUGAUCCCAAUACCGGUUUCAUGACUAACACUCCUCUGGAGAUCUUCACUAUCACCCCAGGACGUCGCUACCGUUUCCGCAUGAUCAACGCUUUUGCCUCGGUUUGUCCGGCUCAGGUGACCAUCGAGGGACACGGCAUGACUGUCAUUGCCACCGAUGGCGAACCCGUUCAUCCAGUCGAUGUCAACACAAUCAUCUCCUUCUCAGGCGAACGUUACGACUUCAUAAUCACUGCCGAUCAACCCGUGGGAGCCUACUGGAUUCAGCUGCGUGGUCUUGGCGAGUGCGGUAUCCGUCGUGCCCAGCAGUUGGCCAUUCUCCGCUAUGCUCGUGGUCCUUAUCAGCCUGCUUCCGCGCCUCCCACCUACGAUGUCGGCAUUCCCCAGGGUGUGGUCAUGAACCCCUUGGACGCGCAAUGUAACCGUCAACGCAAUGAUGCCAUCUGCGUGAGUCAAUUGAAAAACGCCCUGGAGAUCGAUCGCGGCAUUCUUGCCGAGAAACCUGACGUCAAGAUUUUCCUGCCUUUCCGUUUCUUUGUUUACCGUGCCGAGGAUCUCUUCCAGCCCAACACCUACAACCGAUUCCUUGUGGCUCCCACGGGUGAUCAUGUCAUCUCGCUGAUCGAUGAGAUCUCUUAUUUGUCGGCACCAGCACCGCUUACGUCGCAGUUCAACGAAAUCAAUCCAGAGCAAUUCUGUAACGGUGACAAUCGUCCCGCGGACUGCGGACCCAACUGCAUGUGCACCCAUAAGAUCGAUAUACCCCUCAAUGCGAUUGUCGAGGUCGUGCUGGUUGAUGAGGUACAACAACCCAACCUGUCACAUCCAUUCCAUUUGCACGGCUAUGGCUUCAGUGUGAUUGGUAUUGGCCGCUCGCCGGAUUCCACCGUGAAGAAGAUUAACUUGAAGCAUGCUCUCGAUUUGGACAGACGCGGUUUGUUGCACAGACAGUACAAUCUGCCGCCCACCAAGGACACCAUUGCUGUGCCCAACAAUGGUUACGUUGUGCUGCGCUUCCGAGCCGAUAAUCCCGGCUUCUGGCUGUUCCAUUGUCAUUUCCUGUUCCACAUUGUGAUCGGCAUGAAUUUGAUAUUGCAAGUGGGCACCAAUGCGGAUCUGCCACCGGUGCCACCCGGUUUCCCCACCUGCGGCGAUCACACUCCCCCCAUACCCAUUAAUAUUCUUAACCCGCUGGAUGCGAUCUGCGAUCGCAAGCGAACUGAUGCCAUUUGCGUUUCUAACUUGAAGAACGCCAAGAAGGUGGACAAGAGCGUUUUAGUGGAGCGCCCCGAUGUCAAGAUCUUUCUGCCCUUCAGGUUCUAUGUGUACGAGCCAAAGACCUUGUUCAUACCAAACACAUACAAUAGAUUUUUGGUUGUGCCUAGCGGUGACCAUUUGACUUCCCUCGUCGAUGAAAUCUCCUACAUCUCUCCACCGGCGCCUCCGCUCUCCCAGAUCGAUGACAUUCCCCCGGAGUACUUUUGCAACGGCGACAAUCGUCCGCCCAACUGCGGACCAAACUGCGAGUGCACACACAUGGUGGACAUACCUUUGGGUGCCAUAGUCGAGGUUGUGCUGGUGGAUGAAGUGCAGCAGGCGAACCUUAGUCAUCCGUUUCAUUUACAUGGUACGGCCUUCUAUGUGGUUGGGCUAGGACGUUCGCCCGACAAAUCGAUCAAGAAGAUCAAUCUGAAGCAUGCGCUGGAGCUGGAUCGCAUGGGCAUGUUAGAGCGCGACUUCUCGAAGCCACCACUCAAGGACACUAUUGCUGUGCCUAACAAUGGCUAUGUGGUGAUGCGUUUCCGUGCCGACAAUCCCGGCUAUUGGCUCUUCCACUGUCAUUUUCUGUUCCACAUUGUGAUUGGCAUGAAUCUGGUCUUUCACAUCGGCACACAAGCCGACCUGCCGCCGGUGCCGCCAAAGUUUCCCACCUGCGGUGAUCAUGUGCCGCCUGUAACCUGGUACAAACGAUGCGAAAUCCUGCCCAGAAACAGCUCGCAUUGGAAAGUCAAACCAGCAGCCCAGUUUAAUCCACUUCCUUUCAUAGUCGCCUCGGAUGCUGAUCAUCUGAUAUCGCUGAUCGAUGAGGUCUCAUACAUAGCGCCGCCCUCGCCACUGCUCUCCCAGUACAAGGACAUUCCCGAGGAGUAUUACUGCAAUGGGGACAACAGGCCGGCAGACUGCGGUGAAAAUUGUCAGUGCACACACAAGAUCGAUAUACCCCUCAAUGCCAUUGUUGAGGUUGUGCUGGUCGAUGAGGUGCAGCAGAUCAACAUCAGUCAUCCCUUCCACUUACAUGGCACAUCCUUCUAUGUCCUUGGAUUGGGUCGAUCGCCAGACGAUAAUAUCAAGCGCAUGAAUUUGAAGCAUGCCCUUGACUUGGAUCAGCGCGGCAUGCUGGAGCGACAGUACUUGAAGCCCUCGCUAAAGGAUACAGUUGCAGUUCCGAAUAAUGGUUAUGCCGUUUUGCGUUUCCGGGCCGAUAAUCCAGGAUUCUGGUUGUUCCACUGUCACUUUCAGUAUCACAUUGUGAUUGGCAUGAAUCUGGUCUUUCAAGUCGGCACGCUCAAGGACUUGCCGCCAGUGCCUGUCAAUUUCCCACGCUGUGGCAAUCAUCUGCCACCCAUAACUCCCAGCAGCUAUUGGUAGCCGAAUCGCAAUUCGUAAUCAUAACAUAAUACACAUAAUACUAGCAACUAAGUGGAUGAGUGGCCUUGGCGUUCUAGCUCUAAGGCCAAUAAUUUAUUGUUUAGGUUUCGAGUUCUUCCUAUUUUCAUUAAAUAAUAAACGCAUAACUAUAUAUAAAAUGUAUAUAAAUAUGGCAUUGGCUGCAAUCUGAAAGCAAUUGAUAUACACAUACGUAUUAAAGAUUGUGACAGAUUAAUGAUCUUCUAUUAGCUGAACUUUCCUGUUUUAAAAUAUUGUGUAGCUAAACAAAAAAUAGUGAAUAAAAACGAAAGAUGCAUAAACAAUAUAUUGAUUCUCUGGUGACGAUGUGAUAAAUUUAGAUAAAUUAAUAAUACCAUCGUUCUCAUGAACUAAUUUAAUUCCAUUAAAAAACAUAAAUAACCUUGUUAAGUUAGAUUUAUACUGCUGCAUUAAUAAAAGCAAUAUUAUUAUCAUUUCAA